AUGUCUAUUUUCACAGUUGGAAAAUCUUUAAGAGAUGCUCUUUUCAAAAAUACUACAAUGAUUUCUCUAGAACUUGAAGGCAACAAAAUUGAUGCUUACUUAGAUUUAAUCGAAACUUUUCUUUCAACGAAUAGAGAUAAUGGCGAAAAAAAUCCUUUAAUAUUUUAA